GGCCGCCUGCCUUUCAUCGCAGAGGGAAGAAUUAGGGCUCUUCCUCGUUCGUCCCAUUCCGGACGGUGUCUUUGUGUCCGAAUGGAGGACUCCGCCAAGAGGAGACAGAGACUCCAAGCCAUGCGCUUGGAGGCAGAGGCCACCACCUCCUCCUCCUAUCAAAGCCUCAACUCUUCCGUUCCGCCGUCUCUACCUUCGCCUCAGCUCUCUAACCCUCUUCUCGACCCGCCGCCGGCCGCCGAGAGCUCGCCACCGGCCCGCAGGUUCGACUACUACACAGACCCCAUGUCGGCCUUCUCCGGUGCCAAGAGGAAGGGCGGCCCCGGUGCCUAUUGCUCUCCGACCCCCCCUCUCUCACGCCCUAAUGUUGGACCAAGGACCUAUCAUACGAGUCCUCAUCAAUUACAUACAACUGAGUCUCAAGGUUCUACUUUGUAUCAAAUGCUGCCACAUUUUCCCCCAGACACCUCAUGGAGAAGCCCUGUUCAAUAUUCAGCUCCAUACACAAGCUGCGAAGGAACUCCUGUUGGUGGCUUCAGUGUCUUGACUAGACCUCGUGGUUCCUCUGCCGGCUACUAUCCCUCAACUCCUUUAAGCGGCAGUUUCAGCCCUCACUAUGGACGAGGAGGCAGCCAUGUGAGUCCUCCAGGAAUGAGAGGUAGCCCGCAUUCAAAUUCUGGUAGAGGCAGAGGUGGGCGAUUCAGUGGCAACCGCAGUCCACAGUGGACUGGAGGACGGGGCUACAGCUCCUAUUGUACUGGUUCAGGCCGGCAGGAAAUUGAUCACUACUACCUGAAGUCCAUGGUAAAAGACCCAUGGCGUAAGUUAAAUCCUAUUGUUGGUGAUAUAACCAAGCCAAGGAAUUGGUCUCUUGACUCGAAGAAAGCAGAGGUUGCUGAGCGUGGCAACGAGUACGGUUUUUCUAAAACAGGCUGCCUGGCUCAGUUUCUUGCAGAUGAAGAGGCUGCCAGUGAGACGUAGUUUCUGUAUUUCGAUUUCAGAGUUAUGUUUUCACAAAAAUGUCAGCUUCAGGAAGCAAUCAGUGUUGUUAAUUGAGCAUAAAGCAUUGGGAAUCUGGUUAGCGUGGAAUUCAGCUCGGUCGGUGAGAUGCCCUGCAUCCAUCUCAGGUUACAAGGGGUUGGAUUUAUGUAGGAUUCGUGUAAAAUACAAGAAAUUGAGUGGAAUCAACUUGGUUUGUUGAUUUAGUAAUAUCAGAUUAUUACAGAAGAAAAGUACAAGAUUAAUUGUCACACUGAUUGCAUAUUAUCUCCUCUCUUUAUGUCAAACAGAUGCUCCGCUUGGGACUAUUUUACUUUUUUGGUUACUGAAAAAUGAUCGGAAGUGCCACUUGUUUAUCCGCUUGCGAUGUGAUUUCAUUCAAACCUUAAUGAAUCCCACCAAAACUUUGCAUGC